CUUCUCCUGCUCAUUGAUGAUGAACUGUCGACCUCGAGGAAGCCAGCAGCAACAAUGUUGUUGAGCCUAGUACUCUGUCAAUCGUACCUUCAGCUCUUCUUGGUCUUAAAAGUGAGUUUGGAAUUCUGUUCUCAUUCUGAAAAGAAAUAAAACAGAACUUUGCAGAUAUGCCUUGCACACUUCCCGUGGUCGACUACGAUAUAUACGCGUGAGCCACAAGUAUGAAGGACGACCAUCCACUAAGCCAUCUGGGUACCAUGACGAGGACUUCGGAAAUGGGAGCGUAGAGUACUGGUAGAGGCGCAUACCAUGGGAGGUUGUGCUAAGGGUACGAAUGGCCUAUCAUCGCUGUCGCCGACUGCGAUGGGCCAGCCGAUGGCGUAUCUACGAAUGCGUUAUUGGUGGGUUCAUCGCGAACGACGCCGCGAUGGAGGGUCUUGUCGGCCUUCGACACAAGGGAGUCGAACCAGCAGUCAAACCUGGCGGGAUCUUUGGGUAUGUCCACGCGUGGAAGCGCCACUGGAUUCCAGUAAUGCUCUGCGCCAUCGACCCUCUUCCGCUCCAGGAGAUAUGUUAUCCAAGCCUCGAACUCUCCGGGGACACCAUGGCAUGGGACAUGUUCGUGCCUGUACGGCCGACACUCUGGUUGUUGGUGGAUUUACCCGGUGGGAUCUUUGCUCCGGAGUCCAUGUCGCUGCUAGUGGGCCUCUGCGUUACCGGCCUUCUCCUCUUCCAGACCAAAGGGAUCGAACCGGACGGGAUCACUGCGGCAAGGGGUGUUCUCGUAUAACUUCUCCGAAUGCUGACUCGGAUGUGAGGCCAUCCAUGCCAUGAAACUGUCGGGAGUGUCGUGAAUCGGAUCAGCAACACCAUUCGGAUGCGAGAGGGACUGCGACUGGUCGAAGAUGUUAUGAAAAGAUGUCGCGUAGAGUGGCUCAUACACAGCGUAGUUCGCCUGCUCUUUUUGAGUCCCACAUUCCUUUCAACGAUGAAAUGAUGUGCUCACCGAGGGUCUUCCCAUGUAGUCGAGUUCCAUAUCUUCUA